AAUAUUGUGUAUCUUUUUCAGUUAUUCUGGUACCCUGUAAAAUAUGACUGAUAGUACCAGUCAUGAAGAAAAGAGUUCUGUGAAGGAUAAACUUGAUGAAAAAGGAGUAGAAAUAUUAGAAAAGGGACCAAGUUUUGAACUAAGUUCUGAAAUGGAAAGUUUAGAAGUGGGGUCCAGUGACCAAAGUUUGGAAGCCCAAUCAACUGUAAGGAAAAGCACAGGUGAUAUAAAAGUGACAUAUUAUUUGAGAGAUAUUCAACCUAAGAUGGUGAAUGCUUGGACAAAGUUGUUUAAAAAUCAUGAAAACAGGGUCAAGAUUUCAUCAGGAGAUAUUUUCAGAGGGGCACCUGAAGCAGAUGCUUUGGUAUCACCAGCAAAUAGUUUUGGCUUUAUGGAUGGCGGUAUAGAUAUGGUCUAUACUAAUAUGUUUGGUUGGCAAAUGCAAGAAAGACUUCAGAAAGUGAUACGAGAGGACUAUAAUGGUGAAAAUGUUGUAGGAAAUGCCAUUAUAAUCCCAGCUUAUAGUGAAGAGCCGAAUGAAGAAAAAAUUGAAAAUAUGAAGAAAUUCAAUUUAUGUGGUGGAAGGCCAAUAAAAUUUCUAAUUUCUGCUCCAACAAUGAGAGUUCCAAAAGAUGUGAAUGAUACAGCUAAUGCUUUCCUGGCAUUUAGAGCUAUAAUCAUAGCUGUUCAGAAACACAACAGAGACCCAGAAAAUCAACCAAUCAGAAGUGUCCUUUGUCCAGGUCUUGGAACUGCUGUUGGUAAAAUGCCAUUUGACAGAUGUGCUUUCCAGAUGUUGGAAGCAUUUGAAAUACAUGAUCUAAAGAUAAAAGACUCAUUAUUAAAUCCUCCUAACCUGUGGAUAGUAACCAACCAUAAUGAUUUUAUGGAAGAUUAUUGUGAAAAAUCAGAAGAGACUACAUAAGACUGCCAUGAAACUAAAAAGCGUAUAUCAAAUACAAUUUUCAAGCUUUUUUGAAACAACUGUUAGCUGUGUUCAGAGAUGUCAAUGAUACCUUGUUUUUUCUGUGUAUUGACAAUUACUACAACAAACAAAUAGAAGUUGGAAAACAGACUCUCCAGACUUUUAGUUGUUGAGUUUUCGAAGAAUUAUUUAUUCUCUAUGUUCCAGACAAUCACAGCAAAUAUAGUAGAUGUUCUAUAGGAGAUAUAAUGUUUAUUGUUAAAUAAUUUAUACAUUUUUUAAUGUUUACAGUUACAGUUUUUUUUUAUGAUGAUUGUUUUAUAUUAAUAUAAUAAUUAUUAUAGUUUUUAUACAUGGGUUACACUAAAGACCUGAAUGUGGACCUUAAAAGACCUGAAUAGACCUGAAGAUAUACUACUCGAUUUAUUCAAAUUACAAUUCCUUUUUUAUUAUUCAAAGGAUUUUCUCCAAGUCCGAAUUUUAUAAAAGGUAAAGAUCCACGUAAUAAUAAAAAUAAAAUAUUUUAAAUAAAAUACAAAUUUUAGAUUCCAAAACUUGGACCUGAACGAAGAAAUGAAAAGACCUGAACGGACAUGAAAUUCUACGAUCAGACAUAUUCAAACUUCACUAACUGUUUUAUUUUUCAAUGGAAUUCCUUCAUGUUUAGAUUUUGUGAAACAAGAAAUUCAAUAUAUUAAUAAUAUUUAAAAAGAAAUUAUGAAAAAUAUUAUUGUGGUGUCAAAACUCGGACCUGAACGGGAAACUAAAUUACCUGAAUUCACCUGGAAACUCCGGUUAGAUUUAUUCAUGUUCUAUAACUGUUUUAGUUUUCAAUCAAUAAUUUGAAUUUUUUUAUAGAAAAUGUAUAAUAUUUUAUUGAAAUGAUAAAGAAUUUUUAGAAAACCAUUUUCUUAGUUCCAAAAGUCUGACCUUAACAGGGAAAUAAAAAGACUUGAAAAAUACGGGUAGAUGUAUUUAAACUGACAGAAUUUUUAAAAUUUUUUAAUUGAUUUUAUUCUAAAUUAAAUUAUAUUGAAGAGAAAGACUGAUUUUAUGUAUACAGGAAAAUUUUUAAGUAAUAAAUACCUUGUUGAUGUUGAAACCUGAACCUGAAGGGAACACAGGUUUGUCCAAGGAAAAUUAUUCAACUAAUUAACGUGUUUAAAUUGUAUCUAUAUAAACUUCUAAAAAAAUAGGUUUUAAAUUGUGAUAUUUAUAUAUCGAAAAUAAAAGUAUCAUUUGCACAUGCAUAAACCAUGUAAUCUAAAGACAUGUGUUCGUUGAUUGGAAUGUAUUAAUUACAUGAACGUGUGCCAGCUGUAAUUCACACCUUGUAUUAGGUGAUAACUGGAUCUUUGGUCUAAAUAACCAUUUCAUUUUAAUCUUUUAAUUGGAUUAUCAAUUAAUCUUGUUCACAACCAAAACAUUGCUCAGUUACAAAUUUUACUAUGAACUUUUUCUUUUGAUAAAUUAUUACAAAGUCUAUCUUUGGCUGUACUUUUUGUCCUAUUUGGUUAAUAGCUCUUCAUCUUUUAAAUAAGCUUUGGAUCUUCAAAUAUUUUGGCCUUGAGCAUCACUGAAGAGACAUUGAUUGUCAAAAUACGCAUUUGGUGCAGAAAAAAGGGUACCGUUUAUGUUCUUAUAAAAAUGAGAAGAUGUGGUUUGAUCCCAAUGAGACAACUCUCGACAAGAGAGCAAAUGACAUAGAAGUUAACACCUAUAAGGUCACCGUACGGCCUUGAAGAAUGUAUUUUCAGGUUUAUGCAUGUCUUUUAAUUCUCAGGUCCAAGUCUUGUCACCAAAAUAAUAUUUUUCAUUAAUGUUUUUUUUUUUUUUUUGGUAAAAUAUUUAAUUUGUACUUUAACAAAAUCUAGAUUUCAAGGAAAUUCUUUGAAAAAAAUAAAUGAAGUUUGAAAAUUAUAUAAGUUGAAUUUCAGGUUCAUUCAGGUUUCUAAUUCUCCGUUCAGGUCCGAGAUUUGGCACCCAAAACAUAUUUUUCAUUAUUUAAUUUUUGAUUUUAACAAAAUGUUAAUUUUUUCAUUUUACAAAAUCUAAAGUUGAAAGAAUUCCAUUGAAUAUUUAAAAAGUUAUUGAAGUUUGAAUAAGUCCAACCAUAUAUUUUCAGGUCCAUUCAGGUCUUUUCAUUUCUCCAUUCAUGUCCACGUUUUGGCAUAAAAAAAAUGUUAUUUUAUUUGAAACAUUAAAAAUGUGGAUCUUUACCUUUAAAGAAAUUCUAAUUUGAAGAAAAUCCGUUGGAAAAUGAAACAGAAAUUGUAAUUUGAAUAAAUCGAGUCUUACAUAUUCAGGUCUUUUCAGGUCCACGUUCAGGUCUUUAGUGUAACCCUUUAUACAUUGAUAUUUUUCACAAGCAGUAGUUGAUCCACUGAAGUCAUUGUUUAUUAUUUUUUUUGUUUGUUUUGUUUAGAGUUGAGCAGAAGGAUUGGCAAAGACAAAGGCAAUAUUUAUUUGUAUUUUGACAUAUACUUCCUCAGGUUAAACAGCAAAGUUAGCAUGUGAUUAUGUAUACAUUUCUUACCCUAAGCUAGCUAAAAAUUAAGUGUAAACAAAAUAUUGAAGGACCUUCAGGUCAAAUCAGAAAGGAUUUAACGCAGUGGAUGGUGCCUAGAAGAUUAAAGGCAGGGGAUGACCCAUAAAAGAUCGAAAGCAAGGAAUGACCCAUAGAAGAUCAAAGGCAGGGGAUAGCCCCUGACAGAUCUGAGGCAGGGGAUAGCCCAUAGGAGAUCUAAGGCAGGGGAUUACCCCUAGAAGAUCUAAGAGAUUUUAUGCGAAAUCCUGCAUUCUAAUGCUUUCCAUGCAAUUAAAACUAAUGCCAGAAAAAAAUCUUUACUUUUAAACAAUAAUUUUUGAACAAAAAGUUCUGCAUAGCAUAGAUGUAAAUGUAUGUACUUCAUGUCUAAUCCACAGUGUAGGAACUUUCUUACAAUGAACGAUUCUUAAAGAAAAAAAGGGUCCACUAAAACUCAUCGACCAGUGAAAGAAUAGCAUGGAAAUCAUGCUAUUUGACUUUCUUCUCUUAAAGGGGCACUAGCUGUCAAAUUCAAGUUCACCCAUUUGACACAAAUUCUCAUAUUUGAUUUAUAACAAUGUAAAACAUUUAUCCAAACUAUUAAAAGUCUAAAAUAAACAAUUUACAGGGCAUGGGCUCGAUAAUAUGUAGCUUCGUUUCGUGUGUAUUUUAUUCUAGACACCAUCUAAUUAAUUAACUAUCGAGUUGACCUCCGAUGACCAUAUAAGCGAUAUAAACAUAAAUAUAGAUAUAAAUGGAUUAAGCGAACUCGUAGAAUUGGAUUUUUCUAGGUCUGUUUAAUUUCAUAUUAUAGAUUAAAAAUAUAUGUUUUU